AGGUUUGGUUUUUAUUUUGAUGGGGGGAUUCCCGGUCCGGAGACACGCCCACUGCUGCUGAGCUACGCAUCGACAUGGAGCACACCUGUGCCACAUAAUUAGUGCAGCAUGCUAGUGGCUUUAUAAAAAGCACAUUGGAGUGGGGCUGUUAAAUUUCUCUUCCGUGUGCAUCUUGUGUGGGCAGAAAAGGCCUUUUGGCUAUAUUUUCCUGUCGCUUUCCCCUGGUGCGGCCAAAGAGCGCUAGCUGCUGUUUUAUUACGGCUAUUUCCUUAGUUGCUGGUUCUAGCUGCCGUUUUAAGCUGCCGUUUUAUUACGUCUAUUUUCUUAGUUGCUGUUCUGAUUAUUGCUGUUUGUUUUAUGUACAUUUUUCAGAGCUGUUUUAAACUUGACUCAUUAUUGGGUUACAGUCGGCAUAGUGCGGACGUUGCAGCGGUGAACACUAGAUCUUGAAUACUGGGAUGAUACGUCAGUACUGCAUUGCCGUAUAUUUAUUCUGAGUACAAAUUUAUCGAAUUAACCGGUUUUGUAUUUCUUUCUUUCAAGCCGUUUUGGUGCUCUUUAAAUUAAUCUGUUUUUACCGGUUAUCACUGGACUGUCAUUUGUAUUGUUUUUUGUUUUUUUUUUUUCUUUUGCGUCUUUUGUUUGAGUGUAUGUUUACCGCAUAUAUAUCCACCUCUGACUAUCGGACAACGAACUGUGAUUAGUGAGGCUUAACAGAGGGAGUGUAUGUUUGUCGUCCUUUUGGUUUAUCCCUUUUUUCCCUUGGUUUAUCAGUGUUAAUUAUUAUGCACUGCUUUGUUGUGUGUUUGUCCCUCUUUGUUAAGGCGGACCUAGUCUAGUCGUUUUCUCCAUUGUUGGUAACUAAUCGGUAAACUGUACACUUGUAUCUAAAUGUUUUUAAGAGCAAAUGGUUUUCCUUUUUCUUGUUUUUGUAAAAUAAAGUUGUACUCAUUUUUUUGGAAAGUCCCGUCUCUGUCUUCAAUCCCAUUAGAACCAGCAGGGUCCUUCAUAUUAUUGUAACUUAUUUUUGGUUUAACUUAUUUUCCUGGGUAACCCAGGUGGCGUAGUCGGUUCUUUUUCUAUUCUUAAUGCCUUAACCAGGAAGGUUACAUAAGGUUUCACGAAAAAGCAUGAAAGAAAGGCGCUAGAGCGCUGAGACUGCGGCAAACAACACGUUCUCACUCCCAACUCGUCACAUAUGGACGCUUGGUCAGAAUCCCCCGGAGUCACAUUUUGACGCACUGGGUAUCCCUUUAGCGUCAUUUUUCAACGUGCAGGGGUUCCCAUAGACGUCUGUAGACGGGAUCGGGACUACGAUAAAUAAGAAUAAAAAAAAUAGCUUGCUAUGAAUCAAUUAUGGCAGGGCUACUCAAUCCAGGUCAUGUUUUUAUUCACGCCUCUAAAACUGCCUCUUUCUCACCACGCAUGUCUUCCUUACCUGCAUGUCUUCCCUCACCACGUUUAUUUAUUAUUUUAUUUUUUUUAUUUAUUUGUAUUAGGGUUUUUUAAAAUUAUUUGUUUGUUUUAUUAGAAUUAAUUCAUUGAUUGAUUAAUUGAUUAAUUUAUUAAUAAAUUCAUCAGUGGUGCUGACGUCAUUGUACGGAGAUCCCAUGCUCCAUUGCGAUUUUCCACUCGGUAAGUAGAACAGUUCAUUAAUAUAAUUGGGGACAAUACCUAUAAUUUACGGAACAAAAACUGUUCAAUCAGGUGAAGAAGUUGUGUUUAGAAGCUGUAGAAGUGAAAGGUAGCAGUUUCGUGAUGCAGACAUUAUAAAAAUAUAACUUGCUGCACCAAAUGUGUAGUAGGCAGGCUAAUAUAGCUAAUUACAUUCAAGUUUGUUUAUUUAUUUUUCCACAUUUAAUCAUGCAAGGAAAUAGAGGAGAUUGUAUGAUAUUUGGAAAUUGUGUGUUUUAAGUAAGUUACCAAACUGGCAGUAGCACUUUAAUACGUUAGCCAUUUAUAAAUGUUCAGAUGAGGAACAGUGUUGCCAGAAAAUAAUGAUAAAUAUGUAAGGUGUUCAUUUCUGAAUUCUAAAUCUUUCUUUUUUGUCUCAUUAGGUCUUUUAGAUUUGCCAGCUUCAAACAUUCCUCUUUUAUUUUAAUCCCCUUAUCUCACUCUCGCUCUCUCUCUCACACACACACACACACACACACACACACACAAAAUAGCAAAAGGCACUUUUAAGAGCCACAUCUUUGUUAUUCUGCUCUCCCUCUCACCCUCUCUCUCUCUGUCUCUUUCUCUCUCACUGUUUACAUCUGUUGUUGUUUUAUCUGUUUGUCUUUCUGUCUGUUUCUGUUUCUGCCCCUCACCAUGAGUGAUUCAGAACUACAAGAACAGUUUAUGCUGCUGGAUAACCUGGUUGAGCAUCAAGAAAUCAAUGAUGAGCUCCAAAGUCUUGAUGGCUUACUUCAAGAGCUGCAGGGAGAGGAGGAAGCAGCACCAGUAAAAACACCUGAACCAAGGGUACAUUGGAGAAAGAGAGAUGAUGGAAACAUUGUCUAUACAAGACCAAGAUCAAGCAGGAAUCAGUCAAACAAGGGUGGUACAGCUGAUCACAUUCGGAAAACUGAUGCUCACUUCAAUAAUCCUGACAAUAACUGUGAGGUGACCUUUUCUCCAGAGACUGUUGAGUGUUUCAUGCAAGAUCUCCAGCACUCACUGAGCGAUUCUUUAGAUGAUGAUGCAUCAGCUCUUGGAACCUCAAGAGAUCAUCUCCUAGUUUCCUCAAACUGGAGUACAAGACAAAGUCUCAUUUCAGAGAAGUGGAGGGCAGAGACCUCUCGCCUGGUGAACACAGCUGUGGCACGAGAAAAUGUGGUAACACACAUCUGCCAACUGUGUGGAAGCAAACCAGCUGCUGUCCGGUGUUGACUGUCGACCACGCCCCUUCUUUUGUGCUGGAUGUGACGUCAUCAUGCACACCAGACAUGUUCUCCAUAACCGAGAUGCCAUGACUCCUGGAUUCUACCAGCCAUUGCCUCCAACAACUUUUGUUGUAGAUAAGGCUCUUUCCCAUUGUGUGCGCCAUGUGCCUGUGGAGGUUCCUGACAAAAUUUGCGGUUUUUCACCAGUGUCGUUGAGGGUCAGCCCAGGGAAGACUGUUGCUGUGAUCACAAUGAAUGAUGUCUUUUUUCAUUUGAAGAAAUGAAGAUGGCAGCACCAGGACUGUCCUGUCAAGCUUUUUCAAGAAUGCUGGAUCAGCGAACUGUCCACUUUGGUCGUACUGGCAAGAUCUCCACAGACAGUUUUCAGAAAAGCUUUUUUGAGUGGGAGGCUGUCCGUUUUGAGAUGGACAAAAUCUGCAAGGAAGAGCCUUUCAUCUGUCCUGCAUGCACCCCAGAUAUUCUGGCAGUUUCAGUAGAUGGAAACCGCAAGCUUUACCGUUUCAAGAAUGCAGCUAGAUCUGAAGAACAGGCGUCUUUAUAUCUUUGAAGACGUCUUUAUAGCUAAGGAUGAAGAUGUGACAAGAUUUGUGGACUACAUUCACAAAGCAUCCAGACAUGUCAGUGGAAGAGGUGUUUGUGGAGGGGAGUGGUCAGCAGCCAGAGAGACCUCCCAAAGAUCUGCUAGCAAGGUAGACGAGGAGGGACUGGAGCUUGCGGUGUGUCGGCAUGGAGUGCUACUCUGUGCAUUAAAUAUGUACGGGGGGAAAUUUUUGCUUAUCCCCUGUACCUGCAAAAAUGGCUGGCUAGUAGGCAAAUCACUUUUUUUGUAUGGAUGUGACCUGCAAAUAUUGGCCUUACCUCCAAAGAAUUGCAAAAAGCUGCCCAGAGCUCCAGCACCUUCUUAACAUGAAGCCCUUUCUUUCAGUAUUCCAUGCCAAAGCACAUGAUUUUAAGUGCAAAGUAAAAUGGAGUGGAGCAUAUCAGGAUGGGGCUGGUUUAACACUAGGAGUAGAGGUGGAACAGUGCAAUGCUUUCCUCUCCAGGAUUGCAGUGACCACAAAACACAUGUCUAAAGCAGGACGCACAGACAUGCUGACUCUCUUGGCCAUGCGCUGGAAUAAACAAACGUUCAACAAUUUGGCCACCGCACUGAGCCGUCGAUAUCAGAAGACCACAAAAGCUCUGCAAAGCCAGUUGCAAAACCCCAUGAAGGUCGAACUGACAGUGACAGAGAGCCAAUUGGAAGACUGGGUCAAUGAUGUAAAGGAGUGGGCACACGCAACAACAACCACCACCACAAGUGAUGUUGAUGCUUUGGCCAGCAGAAUUGAGGUGCUGGUGGCGAGUAUCAAGAGGCGUUCCCAGCGUCUCUAUAAAGAUACAGAUGGCAACAAAGGUCGUGCCAGGAUCCGCCGCAAGAUCAGGGAAGAGAAGGGGAUCCUGACAUCGGUUGUGGAGAAAUACAACAUAAUGGUUCCAAAAACAGAAACUCUGUGCUUGGAAACCAUUUUGUCUGGUGAGACAGCUUGGCCAUGGCAGCUACCACCACACAGUGAUUCACAAUGUGGCGAAGUGAAGUAGGUUUAAAAGGUCUGCAGAGCAUCAUCCACAGAAAGCAACAUAAAAUCAGAGAUAUGAGGGUGCAAGCAAGAGACUGUUACCUGCAUGUUUUGUCUGGAGCUGAGAGCAUCAACUUUUUAAACAAAUCGUCAGCUGAUGACUGACGAUGACAACAGUGACUUUGAAAAUUCUGAUGAUGAACUGUAAUGUAAAAGCAUUUUUUUUUCUUGAUAGUGAACCAGUGAUUUUAACCAUGAAUCUAAAUUGUGUAAUA